UUUUCUGUGGCCCUCCUUUUCUCCCUCACUCUCCUUCAGCCUCAGCCAACUAUAUUCACGGUCACAGAAGCAUGAGCCACAGAGAUGGAGGGCGAUGAGAAGAGGCUGCAACCUAGAAGAACCUGCUGGGAGGCACUGCAGCUGCCUUCAAUAUGGAUGGUGUGAGCACAGCCAUCUUGCUUCUCCUCCUGGCCGUCAUCUCUCUAUCCCUGACCUUUACCUCAUGGGGCAAGGGCCAGCUGCCUCCAGGACCCAAACCUCUCCCCAUCCUGGGAAACCUGCUGCAGCUGCGCUCCCAAGACUUGCUGACCUCACUGACCAAGCUAAGUAAGAAGUAUGGGUCCGUGUACACAGUGUACCUGGGGCCCAGGCGAGUGGUGGUCCUCAGUGGAUACCAAACUGUGAAGGAGGCUCUUGUGGACAAAGGGGAGGAGUUCAGUGGCCGUGGCUCAUACCCUGUCUUUUUCAACUUCACCAAGGGCAAUGGCAUCGCCUUCUCCAAUGGAGAACGCUGGAAGGUCCUCAGAAGGUUCUCAGUCCAAAUCCUGCGGAACUUUGGGAUGGGAAAAAGGAGCAUCGAGGAGCGGAUCCUGGAAGAGGGCAGCUUCCUGCUGGAGGUGCUACGGAAAACGGAAGGCAAGCCCUUCGACCCUGUGUUUAUCCUGAGCCGGUCAGUGUCCAACAUUAUCUGUUCCGUCAUCUUUGGGAGCCGCUUCGACUAUGAUGAUGAGCGUCUGCUCACCAUUAUCCGAUUUAUUAACGACAACUUCCAGAUAAUGAGCAGCCCCUGGGGUGAGAUGUACAACAUCUUCCCGAGUCUCCUGGACUGGCUGCCUGGGCCGCACAGACGCAUGUUCCGGAACUUUGGAGGCAUGAAAGAGCUCAUCGCCCGCAGUGUCCGGGAACACCAGGACUCCCUGGAUCCCAACUCUCCCCGGGACUUCAUCGAUUGCUUCCUCACAAAGAUGGCGCAGGAGAAGAAAGACCCACUGAGCCACUUCCAAAUGGAUACCCUGUUGAUGACCACACACAACCUGCUGUUCGGGGGCACGGAGACCGUGGGCACCACGAUGCGCCAUGCCUUCCUUAUUCUCAUGAAGUACCCCAAAGUGCAAGCCCGCGUGCAGGAAGAGAUUGACCGUGUGGUAGGGCGCUCGCGGAUGCCGUCACUGGAGGACCGCAUGAACAUGCCUUACACAGACGCAGUGAUCCACGAAGUACAACGCUUCGCAGAUGUCAUCCCCAUGAACCUGCCACACCGCGUCAUUCGGGACACGCCUUUCCGCGGCUUCAUGAUACCCAAGGGCACAGAUGUCAUCACGCUUCUUAACACCGUGCACUAUGACUCCGAACAGUUCAAGACGCCUCGGGAGUUCAAUCCCGAGCAUUUUCUGGAUGACAAUCAAGCCUUCAAGAAGAGCCCUGCCUUCAUGCCAUUUUCGGCUGGACGUCGACUGUGUCUGGGGGAGCCACUGGCGCGCAUGGAGCUCUUCAUAUACCUCACCUCCAUUCUGCAAAACUUCACGUUGCAUCCACUGGUGGAGCCGGAGGACAUCGAUCUGACCCCGCUUAGCUCAGGGCUGGGCAAUUUGCCGAGGCCUUUCCAGUUGUCUGUGCGCGUUCGCUGAGGUCCGUGCCCAGGGACUGCUCUGUCCCUCUUCCCGUUGGUUUCACUAUCGUGGGCCUCCAUCAGUGUCUCUAUCACAUUCCCUUCCCCAAACCCUGGGCCUGCCACAUAUCGGUCCUUUAUCCCUCCUGUCUUUAAAGCCUGUCUUCAUGGAAAGACUGACAUGACAAAGGGGGAAUGCACAUCUUAUACCCACAGAACCUAUUCUGUAAUGUACUCCUUUCCAGGCUUUUCGUAUCAUUUCCUAAUAAAUAUGUACUCCUUUCCAGGCUUUUUGUAUCAUUUCCUAAUAAAUAUCUUGACAAUAGAUUUA